GUGGGUCGAGCUGGAGCGCAGCGCGCAUGGGGGAGGCAAUCCCGCUGGCCGCCCCGGUCCCGGUGGAACAGGCCGUGCUGGAGACGUUCUUCUCUCACCUGGGUAUCUUCUCUUACGACAAGGCCAAGGACAAUGUGGAGAAGGAACGCGAGGCCAACAAGAGCGCGGGGGCCAGCUGGCUGUCGCUGCUGGCGGCCUUGGCGCACCUGGCCGCGGCCGAGAAGGUCUAUCACAGCCUCACCUACCUGGGGCAGAAACUAGGAGGCCAGUCGUUCUUCAGCAGGAAGGAUUCCAUCCGCACCAUCUACACGUCCCUGCACAACGAGCUGAAGAAGGUGGUGACUGGCCGCGGUGCCCAGGGCGGGACAGCGCCUCACGUGGAAGAACUGCUUUCCCACCUGUCGGAGCAGCUCUGCUUCUUUGUCCAGGCCCGCAUGGAGAUCGCAGACUUCUAUGAGAAGAUGUACACACUCAGCACACAGAAGUUCAUCAAUGCGGAAGAGCUCGUUGGCCUUUUGGACACCAUCCUCAAAAAAUACAGCUCCAGGUUUCACCACCCGAUCCUCAGUCCGCUGGAGAGCAGUUUUCAGCUGGAGGUCGAUGUCCUGAGCCAUCUGCUGAAGGCCCAGGCCCAGGUCUCGGAGUGGAAGUUCCUCCCCUCUCUCGUUAAUCUCCACAGCGCUCACACCAAGCUGCAGACCUGGGGCCAGAUCUUUGAAAAGCAGCGGGAGACCAAGAAGCAUCUGUUCGGAGGCCAGUCUCAGAAGGCAGUUCAGCCCCCACACCUCUUCCUCUGGCUGAUGAAACUCAAAAACAUGCUGCUGGCCAAGUUUAGCUUUUACUUCCAUGAGGCGCUGAGCCGGCAAACGACUGCUUCGGAAAUGAAAACGUUGACUGCAAAAGCCAACCCCGACCUCUUUGGAAAGAUUUCCAGCUUCAUCAGGAAAUAUGACGCUGCCAACGUGUCCUUAAUUUUUGACAACCGAGGUUCCGAGAGCUUUCAGGGUCAUGGCUAUCACCACCCCCACUCGUACAGAGAGGCCCCGAAGGGUGUGGACCAGUAUCCAGCUGUGGUGUCUCUGCCCAGUGAUAGGCCGGUCAUGCACUGGCCCAAUGUCAUCAUGAUCAUGACGGACCGCACGUCUGACCUGAACAGCCUGGAGAAAGUGGUCCACUUCUACGAUGACAAAGUUCAGAGCACCUACUUCCUAACCCGCCCAGAGCCUCACUUCACCAUUGUUGUCAUUUUUGAGUCAAAGAAAUCUGAGAGAGACUCCCACUUUGUUUCCUUCCUCAAUGAACUCUCACUUGCCCUUAAGAACCCCAAAGUUUUUGCCAGUUUGAAGCCUGGAUCCAAAGGAUGACAGUGGUUUUGUGUGAAAGGUUUUUCAAGACUGUGAUUUUGUUCUUAAUUGCUCUAAUGAUCUGCAGUGGCCUGUGAUUAGGGUUUAUAUCCCUUCAUGCUUCUCUCAGAGCUAAAUUAAAGGCAAAGCCUCCCUAAUUGUGUUGCACACUUUUGAAUUAAGUAUCCAAAGAGCAAUCUAGGAAGUGAACACAGGCUACUGUGCAUCUCCAUGGUACUGAAGCAUAGCUUCAGUAUUUUCUCCUGUUUUCCUGUAAUAUAUGUCUAUUACGUAUUUAUUGAGCUUUGCUUUUUCUUUCCAGAUAUUUUUAAUUGUUCUAAACAUUGUGUUUUAGUGCAAUUUGAAGCACCUUCUCUCCCUCCUUUUUGGAAGAAUAAUUGGGAUCAGAUAUUAAAUGGCCUUUUUUGGAUGAAAGACUACAUGUUUGUUAUCUCAGAUUAGCACAUCAAUAUGGAAUUACUGGUCUUAUGAUUCUGACCUACGUGUUAAUAUUGGUGAUGCUCAAACAGGGUCCUGGUAAGGAAGUCCUUUGAGCUACAGAAAUAGAAGGUGAAUCAGAUCGGUAGCAUAAGACCUCCAUGGGUGACUGCACACCUGACGGCGUUUGUUUUUACCUGUGUGGAGUUUGGAUUUUUCGUUGUUUUAAAGUCAGCAUAAGCCAUCGUAUGCAGUUUCUUCUGUCCUCAGCAUACUACCUGUGUGGCUUUGUGUUGAUCAGUUUUCUACUGAAAUGUAUGUUCAUGUUUGCCUCCUCUCCCUCCCUGGUUAUUUUAGGCUUGGAAACUGUGCAGUCUUGGUUUUUCACCCACUCUGAGAUUCUCAUGCAAUGAAACCUACUUUUACAAAAGCAAAAUGAAGGGCUUGAUAAAAGGCAAUGUGUGCAUUCAAAAGACCUCUGCAUAGCUGAGAAAUCAACUGAGUGCUUAAGCACACCUGAACUUGGGUUUCCUGCCUGCCUCCCGCGCGUUAGGUUUAGAAGCGGUGCUGCAUUUGGUACAUGCUGCCUCAGCGCCUUCCGUCAGCAGGAGUAUUGGGGACGCAGGGGGAUCAGAGAAGGCAUAAUGGGCUGUGGAGACGUUACUUCUGUGUUACUGAUUCAGAAUGAAAAGAAGCCAGAGAGAGUAAUUGGGUUGUUACUCCUUGACAGUUCCUUCCUAGCUUGUGUGAAAUGUAACGGUCAGAUCAGUCUUGUGUCUCAUGAUUGUACAGAGCACUGUUUAAUGGGCGUCCGCAGCAAGCGUGCCAGUGACGCUAGAAGAGCCCAGACUGCCCUGCCCGCUCAGUCUGGACUGCCUGGUAGAGGAACCCAUCGGCCUGUUUUCCAGGGGAACAUGCGUGUUUCUGUCUGUCCAUCUGUCCCUUCUUUCAUCCCUCCUUUUCUGUUUUUCAAUAAAGGUCAUUUGAUUUGUAA